CAAAGAUGAAGAUACUCUCUUUCAACUUUUUUUUAUAUACCAUUAGUGGUAUGUGGCGACCAAUCGAGUGGUCUUCGAAAUGUUCUAAAAUGUUAUAUAGUAUGCUCACUUGUUUCACGAUGUAUUUAUUAAUAAUUUUCACGCUGACUCAAUUGCUGGAUAUUAUUCUUGUUAUUGAAAACAUAGAUGAUUUUGCUACGACUUCUUUACUGUUACUUUCGACUGUCAGUGUAUUAUUUAAAGCAACGGCUGUUAUAACACAUCGCGAUGAAAUUGCCAAUUUAAUCGAUACAUUACAAAAGAAACCUUGCAAAGUGUACACUGAAGAAGAGAGUAAUAUCCAGAUGAAAUUCGAUUGUACGAUCAGAUCAUAUUCCAUAAAGUACGCAUCUAUGUGUUUGCUUUCUGUCAUUGGUGGCAUAAUAAAAGGGCUGCACCAAAUUUUAGAGGGUCAAUUACCCUUUAGGAUGUGGGUACCAUACGAUUAUACCUCGCCCUUUUUACUUUGGUUUACAUCAAUUCAAAUGAUUGUGGCUGUAAUUUUUGCCACAUUUGUAAACCUCGCAACGGAAACUACGGUAUUGGGUUUUUGCUUACAAAUAUGCGCACAAAUUGAGAUUUUGAAAUAUCGUCUGCAGAGAAUGGUAAAGUCGAAUGAGAAAGAAACCUCUAAAAUUUCAUUGAAUGAUGAGUCAAAUGAAACAUAUAGAUUGUCGGAAUGUAUUUUACAUCACCUGUGUAUAAUCAGACUUGCCAAAAUGAUCAACAAGGUAUUCAGCCAAGUGAUCUUUAUCCAAUUUUUCGUCAGCAUAUUGGUGUUGUGCAUAAGUCUGUAUUAUUUAUAUUCUCAUGUGAUAAUUAUAGACAUCAUCAGUUUGAUUAUCUAUGUACUUUGCAUGUUUGUCCAAAUUUUUAUUUACUGUUGGGCUGGAAACGAAGUUAUACUUAAGAGUACUGGAUUGAGUGACGCUGUAUAUGAAAUGGAUUGGAUAUCGAUGCCUAUUAAUAAGCAAAAAGAUCUAUUAAUAAUUAUGAAACGUAGUACACGUCCUAUCAUAUUUACCAGUAGCUUCUUGGUGACAUUAUCCUUGGAGUCUUACGUCAAUCUUUUAAAGGCGUCUUAUGCUGCAUUUAAUUUUUUGCGACAAUUCUAAAGUGUUAUUUAUCCUUUUACAAUACAUAAUGUG